UUUUUUUUUUCUUUCUUCAUUCUCAUCCUUCGUCAAUCUUUUAUUUCUUUUGAAAAUGUCGGUCUUACAGCGGCGACUCCGCAUUUUCAUCGCAACCCUGUCAUUCCUCGAUUGUAUUCUCCUCGCUGCCUACUUCAUUACUCUAGAUAUUCGCUAUGGCACAUUGACAAUCCUGCCUCUUGGUGUAAUCUCUAUCGUGAUUAGCGUCUUGACUUUCAUUUCAUAUGUUUAUUCUGUGAAAGGCAAACAGCUGGUGCACAAGUUUAUCCGUGCAUUCUUUCUUCUUGGCUUCGCUGUUUUUUUCCUUUAUUUCAGAAUUCAAAGUCUAUCCCUAGGCGUGAGUUGCCGCCUUAGAGACGAUACAUGCAAACUCAUUUUGCCAAGGUUAAUAAUAGAGGCCAUCAUCGGUUUCUUGAUUCUCCUCGAAGUCCCUGUCACUCUUAAAUACGGACCGUUGACCCCUACCAGAUAUCAGCAGCAACAGGAGGUUGUUUAUGUCACUCCCCAAGCCCCUGAUACAACACAAACCAAUUCAUAUUACCCUCCGAUGCAACCAAUGCAGCCAAUGCAACCGAUGCAACCGAUGCAACCGAUGCAACCGAUGCAACCGAUGCAGCCAAUGCAGCAACAGCCGCCAGUGUACCAACAACAGAUGCAACCAAUGUACCAACAGCCAAUGUACCAACAACCAAUGUACCAACAACAGAUGCAACCAAUGCAACAACAGCAAUUUUACCAACAGCAGCAACCUGUACAACAACAAACCAGCGUUCCUCCUCCUCAAGUUCCUGGAUCCAUGAUUACAACGACACCUCAGCCAGGUGGGACACCCAUUGCGCCCUAUUCUUCACCAGGGACCUCUGUAGCGGUAUCGCCUGUUCUGCCGCCUGGUGGAUACAUGGUUCCCUCAAAUACCCAAUCCCAAGCCUAGCAAUGGAGAA